CACUAACGCACGAUAGUUAAAUAUAGUUUAUACAUUCGCAAGCAUAAAAAUGCAAAACUGCGUCAGAUCACGCGCUGAUAGCAGCUUUAAACUGGUUUCAUGUUUACCUUCCCCUUUGAGUCAGAAUGUUAGCGUCCCGGAGAGGGUGGCUCUAAUGUUUGUUCAAAGUCCAAGAUUAGAACGAACAAACUGUGGUGACUGAAGUGUCUUCUAAAGUUGUUUGUCUGGUCGGUGAGUUUGAGCAUCUCCCACGUAAGAAUUGAUGACGUAGAAACUAUCGUGACGUAAGUGGAUGGACAUAUAAACAACUUUAAAAAUCUUAAUCGCCUAUACAAAAAAUCAACAGCAUCUUCAGUGUCUCCAAACACAUGGGCUCGUCCAUAUCACCCAUAUCAAAUAAAUCCAUCAACAUAAGCAAUUUGUAAACAUCUUCCUUGUGACGAUUUGAAAACUACGCCACAAUCACUUUUCUCUGGCCAACUUCUUCCUUCCUGCGACUCCAUACGGAUGCUAAGCAAUGGUAUAAAUAUUGAUCGCCAGUUGUUAGCGGCUACUUGUCAGUUAAUGAGUAUAAGCAUUGUCCACCCAAUCAGCAUACUAAGAGCAAAACGGCAACAACAUACGUUGAUAGUGAUAACAAAAAAUGUCUCUGCCCAUCUCUUUCCUCUCAACGAUAGUCCCUUUUUUCGCUCCAUUUCUCUUGCCCCUGUUGGUAACAGGUUGGAUCGAGCUUCAUGUGUAACGCCAAACAAAAUGAUCGUCGUAAAAUAAGUCAAAUAAUGCCCGCGAAUGAAGAAUUCACCGUGAAGCACGUGGGAAGAAAAGUUGCUAAUGUUCCGGGCUUGAUAUGAAAUUAAGCGACGUAGGUCUUAUAUAUUUAUCACACCUACACCGUAUCGAAACGGUUUCGGAACAAAUAAAAAGCCCAACGGAAUGGUCGCACUUUUGAUAGUUAACGGUUGCUAUCAUUCGUGGCUGGUUGUGUUUGAUUGAAAGUGGACUGAAGUUGUGCAAGCAUUGUGAAAAAAACAUAACACUAAAAAGGAGUAAAAAGGAACAAAACAAAAUGGAGAAUCUGAUGCAGGAUGAUGAUGCGGAACAGCAAACGCUUUGCGAACAAACGUUCCAAAAGUUAAAUCGUACGAAAAGCAAUGACGUUACACCGCAGCAACGGGAAGCAUUUGUGAAGCUGUUGGCAAAUUUCGUGAGACAACGCGAUUCCGACAAGAAACACUCCGAGGAUCAACUGUUUCAAAUGUUCAAGAACAAGGAAACGAACACGGUUAAUAUGGGAAAAUUCCUGGCGGAAUUGCGAACUAUCGGUAUUCGACGAACGGAUCCCCGUAUCCAGGAGAUGAUGGAAAACUUGAAGCGUGUCCACAAGCUCAACAAUUACGAGCACGGUUCGCCCCACACUCAGCAUCUAAACGAGGAAACGUUCAAGGCCGUUAUCGCACCGAACAUUGUGCUGAUCGCACGUGCCUUUCGUCAUCAGUUCGUCAUACCGGAUUUCCAGGGCUGCACCAAGGACAUUGAGGAGAUCUACUGGAAAUGCAAAAGCAAUGCCGACGGUAAAGUGGCCAACUACAUCCCACAGCUGUCACGUGUGAAUCCUGACUAUUGGGGCGUUAGUGUGUGUACGAUCGAUGGUCAACGCUUUUCGAUCGGUGACACGUCGGUGCCCUUUACGCUGCAGAGCUGCAGCAAACCGCUCACGUAUGCGAUCGCGCUCGAAAAGCUGGGUCCCCAGGUGGUGCACCAGUACAUCGGUCAGGAACCGAGCGGACGUAACUUCAACGAGCUUGUGCUGGACUACGAGAAAAAACCCCACAAUCCGAUGAUCAAUGCGGGUGCGAUCUUGACCUGUUCGCUGCUGAAGACCCUAGUCCAUCCGGAGAUGACGUUGGCGGAAAAGUUUGACUACGCCCAGACCUGGUUUAGCCGUAUGGCGGGCAAUGAACCGCUCGGCUUCAACAACGCCGUAUUUCUGUCGGAACGUGAAGCUGCCGAUCGGAACUAUGCGCUUGGGUUUUACAUGCGCGAACACAAAUGCUACCCGGAGAAGGCGAACCUGCGCGAGUGUAUGGAUUUCUACUUCCAGAUCUGCUCGAUGGAGGCCACCUGCGAUACGCUGUCGGUCGUAGCGGCAACACUCGCCAACGGUGGCAUCUGUCCGCUGACGGAGGAGCGCGUACUGCAGUCGGAGAAUGUGCGCGACGUUCUGUCGCUGAUGCAUUCCUGCGGUAUGUACGACUUCAGUGGUCAGUUUGCGUUUAAGGUGGGACUGCCGGCCAAGUCGGGUGUAUCGGGCGGUGUGAUGCUGGUCAUACCGAACGUGAUGGGUAUGUUUAUGUGGUCACCACCGCUCGAUCCGCUCGGCAAUAGUUGCCGGGGGGUACAGUUCUGCAAGGAGCUGGUGGACGUGUUUAACUUCCAUCUGUACGACAACAUCAAGCAUGGGUCGAACAAGAAGGAUCCACGACGUCAUCGGUACGAAACCAAGGGUUUGUCGGUGGUGAAUCUACUGUUUUCGGCUGCGAUCGGUGACGUUACUGCACUGCGGCGUCAUAAACUGUCCGGUAUGGACAUUACACUUUCGGACUAUGAUGGUCGAACGGCACUGCAUUUGGCAAGCGCGGAAGGACACUUUGAGUGUGUUCGGUUCCUGCUCGAACACUGUGGCGUGCCGCACGAUCCGAAAGAUCGCUGGGGUAAUCGACCGAUCGAUGAGGCGGAAACGUUCGGCCAUGAGGAUGUGGUGACGCUUCUGCGCCAGUGGGAAGAAAAGGUUCAGAAGGCACAAACGUGUGACGCAAGCGAAACGGGCUAUAACUCCGACCAGGAUAGUGAUGCAUCCAGUGGGAAAGGAACGAAAGCCUCGAAAGGAUCAGACAUUUUACCUUAAGCUACUUAAUCGUAGCAUCGAAGCGACGAGCUACAACAAUUGCGACAAUAAUUAUGAUACUUCACACAUUGCGAACAGUGAAUCAUCCUGCCUCAUUCUGCAUUAUUUUAAUCGAUUGAUAGUCAAUUAGAUGUUAGAUCAUUCUCGUGUACUCGUGUUUCAUCGCAUACUAUUGUAUUAUGUGUGUAUGUACCCAUAUCGUAGGUCAUUGUAACUCGUGCAGUGUCAAUUGUACUCUAUCCAAAACAAAUCCAUACACCCAUUCUAGCGCCAACGCAUAAGCGAAAAUCAAAUAAAUCAAUAAAAUAGAACAUGUAAAGAGACUGUA